CAACAGAGAGAGAGGGGUGUGGCGGUGUUGGGGUUGUGACGUCACUGAAGCCACCGCCCACGCGCCGCUGGGCAAACCAAUGAGAGCCCGAGGUGCGGGGCGUCUCUCGCGCGCUUUCCUCUCGCGGCCGGGGAGGGAGGAGCGAGACUGAAAGCAACGAACGCCGCCCCCACCUCACCCCUCAAAGGAAGCGGGACGUGGAAGCCUCUCGCGAGGGACGUGCCCAAUGGGAGGAGAGCGAGAGGGCGGCUCCGCCCCUUCCCCGCGCGAGAAGGGGCGGGGCGGAUGCUGCGCGAUGACGCAGAUUACCUCUCCAAAGAGGCCAUGGCGCGACGUAUGCGCAAUAGUAGAGCUUGGCGCUAUGUUCUGAGUGGAGUGCGCCGAGAAUCAGAUUCACGGACUUUUACAACAGCUUCUGGAACCCAUGGCUGGUCAUCUGACACUGAUGGGCAGCAGCACAGUGACUCUGAUUCAGAAUCAGAAUUUCCUUCUCAAUUGCCUUCCAUCCCCACAGCCAUACCUGUGACAGGAGAGUCUUACUGCAACUGCGAGAACCAGAACGAAACUCCAUAUUGCUCUAACUUUCACAUGGCUCAUCGUAUGAAAGAUUGCCAGUGUGGAGAGGAAGAUGAUUAUUUUGACUGGGUAUGGGAUGAAUUGAACAAAUCGGCAAAUACUCUCUUGACUUGUGACAAUCGUAAGGUAAAUUUCCACAUGGAUUACAGUUGUGGUACUGCUGCCAUCCGGGGGAACAAGGAACUAGCAGAAGGUCAGCACUUCUGGGAAAUCAAGAUGACCUCACCUGUCUAUGGCACUGACAUGAUGGUGGGAAUUGGAACAUCGGAUGUGAACCUGGAUAAAUUCCGUCACACCUUCUGUAGCCUGUUGGGAAAAGAUGAAGACAGCUGGGGUCUUUCCUACACAGGACUCCUCCAGCACAAGGGGGAACGGAGCAAUUUUUCGACAAGGUUUGGGCAGGGCUCCAUUAUUGGGGUGCAUCUGGACACAUGGCAUGGAACUUUAACCUUUUUCAAAAACAGGAAAUGUAUAGGUGUGGCUGUCACCAAGCUCCAGAACAAGAGGGUGUACCCGAUGGUGUGUUCGACUGCAGCCAAAAGUAGCAUGAAAAUCAUCCGCUCCUGUGCUACCCCCACCUCUCUGCAAUACCUCUGCUGCUACCGUCUCCGCCAGCUGCUUCCGGACUACGUGGAUACGCUAGAGGUGCUUCCCCUCCCUCCAGGACUCAAGCAGAUUUUGCACAACAGAUUGGGCUGGGUGUUGAGCAUGAACUGUGGCUCGCUCCAGUCCUCCUCCUCCUCUUCCUCCUCCUCCUCCUCUUCUACCUCCUCAGGAAGUGAUUCAGACAGCUCUUGUGGCUCAGAUGCCGAGGCAUGCCAUCGGAAGAAAUGCAGGUGGAGGACUUAAUUUAUUCCCCCUCCCCUUCAAAAGACAGUGUUGUCAUGAAGGAUAAACUGUUCCCUCAGUGUUACCGAGUGACAUUUUACCUUCCUGAUUGUAUCCCGUUUGAACACUAAAGCCCGUUUUAAUUAAAGAGACAAAGCAG